AUGCCAUAAAAAAGCCAGCCAGAAGACAUAUAAGUACAGAGCAUAAGAUGCAUCUUUCCUUUCUGUAGAGUGGGGCCUUUUAUGGGUUAUAAUCUGGCCAAUCAAAUCCUGCCUGGUAACAAACAACUGAGGAUCAAAAGGAACAUUUAAAUUUUAGACAAUUAUUAGGAAACAUGGUGGGACUUAAACCCUUAGAUGUUCCCCCUCCACUGGGGGUGAAGAUGGCAAGUGCUGGGGCAGCAGCCUGCAUAGCUGACAUUGUCACAUUUCCUCUGGACACAGCUAAAGUCAGACUACAGAUUCAGGGAGAGAAGACUGCAGUGGAAGGCAUCCGUUACAGAGGGGUGUUUGGGACCAUCAGCACCAUGAUCCGAACAGAGGGGCCCAAGUCUGUGUACAACGGGCUGGUAGCAGGGCUGCAGAGACAAGUGUGCUUCGCCUCCAUCAGAAUCGGCCUCUAUGACAAUGUCAAAGAUUUCUACACUGGUGGCAAAGACAACCCUGGUGUACUGGUACGUAUCCUGGCUGGCUGCACUACAGGUGCCAUGGCAGUGUCCUUUGCACAACCUACUGAUGUGGUCAAGGUUCGAUUCCAAGCCCAGAUGAACCUGAAUGGUGUGGCUCGUCGCUACAGUGGCACUCUGCAGGCCUAUAAACACAUCUUCCAGAAUGAGGGCAUUCGUGGACUCUGGAAAGGCACACUACCCAACAUCACAAGAAACGCGCUAGUCAACUGCACAGAGCUGGUCACAUACGACCUGAUCAAGGAGGCCAUCCUUAGACACAAACUGAUGUCAGACAAUCUGCCUUGCCACUUUGUAUCUGCGUUUGGUGCCGGCUUUGUUACCACGGUGAUUGCUUCCCCAGUAGAUGUGGUGAAAACUAGAUACAUGAACUCACCACCAGGCCAGUACAAGAGCGCUAUCAACUGCGCCUGGACCAUGUUGUCUAAAGAGGGGCCGACGGCUUUCUACAAAGGAUUUGUGCCCUCGUUUCUAAGGUUGGGAUCGUGGAAUGUUGUGAUGUUCGUCUCAUUCGAACAAAUCAAGAGAGCCAUGAUGGUCACAAAGAAGAGGAUUGACGACAGAAAUCGAGAUUCCUGUUUCAAAGUUUGACUGAAAAACCUGAUGCACCACUGGGUUGGAACAUCGCUGGAGAAACCUAAUGAAUAUCAAUUCACAUUUUAGUUUUAUUCUAUUUGUCCUAUUGCGACAAAGAAGAAAAUCCUUUGUUGAAAAAGGAAUAUUGGACAAUCUACCUUCUAUUUUGACUAUAUGUUGAACUGAUGUGUAAAAGAAAUGCAGUUGUAUCUUUAUAUUUAUAAUUUUUCAUAAUGAAUCCAUUCCAAAUUUAAUCGGAGAUAAUGGUGCUAACACUAGGUUGUGAUAACCACCUUUGGGAGGGUUGAGUUUGCACUUUAAGACGUGUAAUUCUAAAUCUUCCAAUUAUAUAUUUUAGGCAGCUUAAACCAGUACACCUUUAUAUGGGAAAUAAUACUGGUACCCAUAAUAAAUUCAACAGGUUUAUGUAAACCCUAAA